AUGACCACAGCCACCCCUUUAGGGGACACCACAUUCUUCUCAUUGAACAUGACCACCAGGGGAGAAGACUUUCUGUAUAAGAGUUCUGGAGCCAUUGUUGCUGCCAUUGUGGUGGUUGUCAUUAUCAUCUUCACUGUGGUUCUGAUUCUGCUGAAGAUGUACAACAGGAAAAUGAGGAUGAGGCGGGAACUAGAGCCCAGGAGCCCCAAGCCAGCCGCACCUUCUGUCCUGGGCCCGAACAACAACGGCAGCCAACACCCUGCAGCUGUGACCUUCAGCCCUGUUGAUGUCCAUGUGGAGACUCGGUGA